UGAAAUUGAUUCCAAAACUGUAAAUAAAAUGGACAGCAAUAAUUCUGAAACAAAAGACCUUGACAAUAAUGUAAUGGACUUAAAGGAUAUACAGGCCGCAUUUAAUGAACAUCUUAUCCGACUUCAGCAUUUCAAAUUCUAUUCGUGCUUCUAUUUCUUCAAAGCUAAAGAUGCUAGAAUUGAAGAUACAGAAGCUGGGGAUCAGAGUAUAAUUUUCACAUCGGAAAAUAGGAACAAUGCUUGGGUUCAGAUGGAGAACGGGGAUAAGAAAGCGAGAUGUUUCUCCAUGUACCGCUGUAAUGAAUGUAGAACUUUCAAGCUUAGAAAGCGAGAGAUUAUCCGCCAUUAUGAUUCCAUGCACGGAGGACGUCUGAAUAUCCACUGUUCAACUUGUUCUGCAGUAUUUCCUUCUAAAGUGUUGCUUCGUAUACAUGAGAAGCGGGUCCACAACUUCCAGCCAAAUCAAACCCUAAAAUGUCAGCUGUGCCAUAAAACUUUUGGUAACCUUGCAGCUUUGAGAAAACAUGAGCGGCGACAUACAGGAAACCUUCCCUACGAGUGUGCUACAUGUGGGAAAAAGUUCUUGAAUCGAUACAGCCUAGUUUUCCAUAUGGAGUCACAUUCCUCUAAACGUCUCGAGUGUAGGAAAUGUGGUACUAAGUUUGUUCACCAGAAGUCAUACGAUCAGCAUCAGAGAGCAAUGUGCAUGGGUCAUCGUAAAAGAAUCGCGGCACGGAAGUUGCAGCUUCCAGCUAUGAACCCGAAACCUCUGGCAAGGAAAUCUUUUAUCUGUAAAUACUGCUCUAGGGAAUAUAAUUUCACUAGAACGAUUGAGAUUCACAUUCAACAAAACCACCCCGAAUAUGAAGGGGCGAUAAGCAAUGCAUAUACUGUCCAAGAGAUAGAUGAAGUAAACCAAAAUGGAGAAAACUCUGUACCAGAUAUAGCAAUAAAUGUGCAAAAAAAAUCGGCAGGAGGUGGAAUAGAAGCAGAUAUAGAUAAAGCGGAUGGUAAUGAAAUGAGUGAUAUUGAUAUUAAAACUACCUCGGUAAAACUAGAACAAGAUUCUAAUGAUGAUUCAAAUGGUUUGGUAUCCUCAAUAAAGUGUGAGAACGGGGAGGCAGAUAUUUCCAGCAAUAAAGGUAUAAAGCAGUUAGAUGCAGACAAUUACACCAAUUACCUUGUUAGAAAUUUUCUCUUAACUGACUCUGUUGAAAACACUCCAAGUGGAUUCAUAAAGAUGGAAGUCGAUGAACACUGAAUGAUUCGUAAUACUGCGAGGGUCUCCGUCAGAUGUUGAUUUUGAGGUAGAGCUAGAGACAUAUGCUGCUUUUCAAUCAAUCACUGUAAAUACUCGGUCAUAAGUCUUUUUUUUUUGUUAUUCAAAAAGAAAGGACUUAAUCUUACUAAGACUUACGAAUAUGUUUGGUCCUAGCAGGAUUGAGUUGCUCUCAACUUGAUAAGCUAGCAACUGAGUAAAUAUAAAAACCAUGUUUGACUACUAGAAAGGUAACAGUUUAUUGUUUAGCAACAGGUUGAAUAGUGUACCAAUUGGAUUUUUUUAGCAAUUAUAUGAAAACACAGAUUCUGAACAAAGUUGUCUGCUAGACAGUUUUUAAUGACUCAUUCCUGAUAUUGUGAUGGGUGUAUUUCCAAUGUU